AUGGAGAUCUCAGCGAAACCGCCUCCUAUGCUAGGACAGGAGGGUCGGGAGCAUGGUCUUACGGAGGAAGCUCUCGUCCGACGUCUUGACGACGCGACCCGUCUCCGGCCCUCGGCUCUGCAGCCAGCCGCCGAGAGAUACUGGGUCGACGACUGGAGUUUCGAAGUGCGGAAACUCUCGAUGAGCAGACGGCAUCUCGCUCUUUGUGAUGAGCCGACAAGGGAUCGGGAUCAGCUAACCAAGCACGGCACCCUCGACAUCAUCUCACCGCCGCCAGCUGCACUGCAAGCGCUUGCACCAUACGAAUGCGGGCUCCCGCGCUCUGUAAAUGCCUUGUUGAAGCCGCCCAGUCAAUGCGGAUCUCUCAGCGGCUGUGACGCGUGCUGCCGUGGUCGUGUUUGCCAGUGUGUUUGCUCGCCUCGUUGCGUGCAACCCCCGCUUGCCGCUGAGCGCAGCUUCUCGUCUCCGCCCAGAUUGACCGCGACCCGGCCAGUCCCCGAUCCAGACAGCAACACCGCACCAGUCCAGCACCGAACGCCAUCAUGGAACGUCGAAUGGGCGAAGCUAAGUGACUGCCCGGUCGCUGUGCGCGGAUGGCGUCAGCGGGGCACCAGCCCUGGGGACGAAGAGCACAACCCGCCGCAGAACAAGAAAUCCGGUCCCAAGCGAAUGCACAGAACGAGCAGCACUCUGGAGGGCCACCGCCACAGGUCGCCAGCCGAUGGAUUUCCGCACAAGCGACUGUCACUCCGUCUAGUCAACCGAGGUGACGAACCCGAGCGUGUCGACCCUCCCGACGAGGCAUCACGACACCCUCGUGCCCAAUCCAGGUGCACCGUAAGCAACAAGCCUGCCAAGGACAACGGCGCGUCCUCUCCAAAGCGCAAGCGAUUCCGCAUCCUCAACAAACGUGACAAAUCCAAGCCUUCCGCGUACCCCGACGACGACGACGAGGACCUCACCAUGGUACUGGACAAGGCUCCCUCACAGAGGAAGCAUGAACUGGUUGCCAGGAUGAUGCGGUUGAAGAAAUGUGGGUGGAAGCCCAAGCCCAUACGUGGCGGUGCAGCCACUUCAUCACCUCUAACGAGCCAUUCACGCCCACCCACACCUACAGCGCUGGUCUUGGAUGCCUUUUCGAAGCGAGCCGAGAUUACCGUCGAUGCCUUCCUCGCUACCCUGGCCAAGAUCCCGCCCGCGGCCCAGAAGACUUUCGCCGACAUCCAACUACAGUUCGCGCCUGCCCUUGACCACAUCGACGUGCAGGCCCUGCGAGAUAUGAGUUUCGACGAGAAGGCAAAGCUCUUGAGCGGCAUGGACUUGGAUUUGGAUGUACAUCCAAGGGGUGAGCGGGACAUUGCACUGCUCGAGCUAUACAUUGGUGAGGGAUGGGCGGCAGACAUGGCAAGAAACCCCGAAACGUACCCGCCGUUGGUCUACCAGCGAUUGUACUGCUUCGCCCGGGACAAGGUAGAUGCGUAG